AUGUCUCUCGUCGCGUUCGCUUCACUCCGUCCCCCGCGCUUUCCUCGACAGUCUGGCUUCCCCCGUCGCCCUUGCUUCCCACCGUCGCCCUCGCUUUCCCCCGUCGCCCACGCUUUCCCCCUUUGCCCUCGCUUUCCCCCGUCGCCCACGCUUUCCUCCGUCGCCCUCGCUUUCCCCCGUCGCCCACGCUUUCCCCCGUCUCCCUCGCUUUCCCCCGUCGCCCUCGCUUUCCCCCGUCGCCCACGCUUUCCCCCGUCUCCCUCGCUUUCCCCCAUCGCCCUCGCUUUCCCCCGUCGCCCUCGCUUCCCCCCAUCGCCUUCGCUUUCUCCCGUUAACAUGGGUUCUCCGUCGCCCUCGCCCCUCCCCAUGACUCACAUCUCCCUCCGUCGCCUUUGCUUCCCUUCUUCUCCUUUGCUCCGUCACUCUCGUUCCCCCGUCGCCAUCGUUCCCGUCCGUCGCCAUAAUUAUUGUCCGUCGCCCUCGUUCCCCCCCCUCGCCAUCGUUCCAUGCGCUGCCCUCGCUCCCAUCUGUUUCCUUCCGCCGCCCCCUUUUCCCUUCGCCGCCGUCUAUCCCCUCCACGCCCUCGCUUCCUCCGCCUCCCUCGUUCCCAUCCGCCGCCCUCGCUGCCCUCCGCCUCCCUCGUUCCCAUCCAUCGCCCUCGCUUCCCCCCGUCGCCCUCGCUUCCCCCCGUCAUUCUCGCUUCCCCCCGUCGACCUCGCAUCCGGUUUGUUGCCCUCGCCUUCCCCCGUCGCCCUCGCUUCCCCCCGUCGACCUCGCCAUCGCGGAAAAUCGCGCAUUUCAAACAUCAAUCUCAACACCUGUGAACCGAACUGUACACCUGUUCACGAUCUAACCUUUGGAGACCCUCUUGGUGUGAUUCCACCUGUGUGCGAUCGCUGA